AGGCCACCCGCCCGCCCGCCCGCCCGCCACCUUCUUGGGCCCACCAGUUAUGAAGAUGACAAGCCAGAAGUGGGAAAGCAAAGAGGAGAAGAAGCUGCUGAAGCCCUUGAUGGAGAAGCGGCGCAGGGACCGCAUGAACCAGAGCCUCGACCGCCUGCGCGUCUUGCUCUUCGAAGCCACGCAGGACGAGAGACUUAAAAACCCUAAAGUUGAAAAGGCAGAAAUUUUGCAAAAAACAGUUCAGUUUCUGAAGACGCAGCCUUUAUCAGGUUUCUUUAAAUGCCACCUCAAAUGUUUUGCAUUGUGGGAGACUAAGCACAAAGAGGACGCCCUCUUGCAGAGAUACCACAGUGGCUACAGGGAGUGUCUCACCCAAGCGACCCACUUCCUCCGAGCCAGCCCGGGCAUUUGCACGGGCAAAAAGGCCUACCUGAUGGAGCACAUUUGCCACUGCAUGGAGAAGAUCGCGGCCAGCCCCCGGGCGGAGCUGCACCGGCCGCCACCCCCGCCGCCCGCCGCCAACCCCAGCUACGAGCUGCCGCAGCGCUACAGCCCCGAUGUGUUCGCUGGGUGCAGCCCGCCCCUCGGGGGUGCUGCGUACGUCCUGCACCCGCCUCCCACCGGUUACCCCGCCAGCCAAGGACUCCAGGCCCGGGUCGGCGGCCCAGCCCAGCAGGAGGGCUGCAGCCGGGCUCAGCAGAACAAACUCUCGGAAACGCGGAAUUCCGCAGCACAGUCCCCCCUGCAGGCGCUGAACGUUUGGAGGCCCUGGCCUUGAGGAAACCCCCUCCCUCUUCUCACUCUUUUGUAAAUGUAUAUUAAAUUCUCUAUAUAUUGUACAGUAUGGGUUUUAUGUUGCUGAAGGUUCGGGAUCUUUUUAAAGGGUUGGUGGUGGACUCUACCCUUCUCUUCCCCCCCCCACCCCGUACUUAUUGGCAAAGAUUAAUUUUUUAAAAUAAUAGCAGUAACACAAUCUCCCUUUUGGCAUCUCACAGUUAGGCCUCCUCAAGUGGGACUAGGCUUCGAAUAGGGAACCCUUGCUAAGGCUCUGAGAGGGUCAGAAGGAGGCUGAAUGCUAGGGAAUGCUUGCCCCCUGCCCUUCGGUCUCACAGCACCCUGGGUCCAUGUCUUUGGUUUUUCUCAGUGGGGGUGUCCUGAAUGUCAAGGCUGUUAUGGCUCCCUCCAUGUGGCUCCUGAGGACAGGACGAGAAGCCAUGGGUUGAAAUGGCAAGGAAGCAAAUUUAGGCUAGAACUUAGGAAGAAUUUCCUAACAGUAAGAGCUGUUGGACAGUGGAACAGUCUGCCCCAUGCAAUGGCUGGCUCCUUCUUUCAAGGUUUGCAGAGGCUGGAUGGCCAGCUGCCAAGGAUGCCACAGGAGAUUCACGGGUUGGACUAGAUGACCUCUGAGGUCCCUUCCAGCUCUAACAUUCUCUGAAUUUAUGUGGGCGAGCUCAGGGGAAAUUGUUCUGUAUCAGACCCCUAAGCAAAGAGAUGUCUAAUCCAGCAAUAAGGGGCAGGGUGUGAUGGGGAAAACAAAUAUUUGUUUCCAUUGUGAUUUUCUUGUCCUCUGAACUGAUGUAUAUUUUCUAGUGUAGGGGGCAUUUUAAAAAGGAACCUCAAGGCAGAAUGCUGCUGGAGACUGACAUGGUUUUUAGAAAUAAAUACUGGAUUAAAACAAUUUGUACCCCCCCAAAAGUAGCAUUUUUUGUGUAUAUGUUUCAAGACCGGCUAACAUCCUGUGAGUCUGGCUCACACUGCAGUAAGACAUGCAUGUGUGAAUGGUCCAGACAGAACACUGCAAAUGGAUCUUUGGUGUCUCCUCACAUGCAAUGCUUUGUGAGGAAGUUGGUUGUGACAUUCAGCCGCCACUCAUCAAGGGCAAAAAGAUCAAGUGACGGCAUGAAGAACCAGUUGGGUGAAGUCCCUGCACUACACUGUGACAACAGAGUCUGCAAAUUGAGGGCCUUCACAAUUGAUGUUUGUGUUUUUGGUGUGCAUUAUGCUUGCAUUAGGCAUGCAUGUGUGGAUUACACAUAUUGGAUUACACUUUGUGUUCUCACUCCUUCAUCUUGCUCCAAUUUCAUCACAGAGCAACACUCUCAGAACGGUACAUUCAAAGUUAGCCAGGUGUGAUGAUUCAUCACCCACCGCUAGUUUAUAUAUGUUGUGCCCUGAGCGUCUAUGCCAUUGUGGGGCAAAUCCCAAAGGAAGAAACUGGGUUAGUCUCUUGUAACAAAAGUAUGAGACCUGGAUUACCUGCAGGAUUGGAUGGGGCGGCACUCUUCGGUUGCACAGAAAUUCACGGUCUGUCAAUUAUGUCUGUUUGGUUUUUUUUAAAGUUGCUUUAUUCUUGUUUUUAAAUAAAGAUGUGCUGUGA